GUUAUAUUCCCGCCUACAUCCUCGGAUAUCUAUCCUCAGCCUUCAUGACGUCGCGCGUGACCAGCCAGAUAGAAUAGCCUCCAUCCGUCCAUCCCGUACUCUACUACAACCGACCCCUUCCCCCCCACUCACAUCCCAGAGCUGCAACCAUGAGCAGCGCCCUCCUCCUUCGCGGUCGCGACGUCCUCUCCGCCGCCCUGCACGCCCUGCGCCCGCACCCGGGCCGCCGCGGCACCAGCCUGCAGCUCGUCCUCGUGACGGGCAGCCUCGUCGCCGUCUCCGUGCCCCUCGCCGCCUACGCCUACAAGAGCUACCAGGCGUUCCUCGCCAUCGGCCGCGGCGGCGUGCCCUACAACUUCUUCGGGUGGCUAGGCCAGAGCACCUUGCAUCUCAUCGCACGCCGUGACACCCAGAGACCCGUGCCGGGCCCCUUCGGCUCCAUCGACGACCUCGCCGCGCUCUACAGCCCGGCCGCCGGGAGGUCCUACCUCGGCCCGGGCGUCGUCGAGGAGGGUCGCCUCGCCCGCCGCGGCGGCCCCCGCCCCGACAUCCCCCGCUUCGUCGCGCCCCAGCGCCAGACCUCCGACGUCGCCACCCCCGCCGUCCUCGAGCGCCAGGCGCGCUACGUCGCCGCCGUCGCCGCCGCGAACCCGGACCUCUUCGAGCUGCGGACCAGCCAGCUCGAGGGCCCGCCCCACCAAGCGCUAUGGCUGCGCCUACCAUCCGCGACGGCGGCGACGGCGGCGGGAGGGCCGCCACCGCAGGAGAACAAGGACGAGAGGCAGAAGACGCAGGAGAGAGAGAGGGAAUUGGGCGUGCGCCUCGGCCGCGGCACUAAGGGCGAGUUCGCGCACGUGCACGGAGAGGGCAGCACGCACGCGACACUGUGCCCGCGCGACGCCGCCGCCCUCAUCGACGCCGGCUGGGCCGAGCGGCACGGGCUGAGCGGGGUCGGCGGGCCGACGCGCGCCAUGGCGCCCUGGGGCUACGUCAUGCUGUACGCGCCGCGCGACGAUGCCGAGUUCCGCCUCUGGCGCGAGGCCCUGCUCGCCGCCGCCCGCUACGUCGCCGAAGGUUCUGGCGUCGUAGUCGUAGCCCCUCCCGUGGAGUGAGCGGGCGAGUCUCGAUGUCUUCUUUUUAUCUCGCCCUGGGUCGGCCAACUGGAUCUGGCUGGCCUGCUUACCCGGCUACCGAUGACCUACGUAGGUCGGAGUCGUGUUUUGGGAUAACCCCCCCUCCCCCUCCUCCUCUUCCUUAUAUAAUAUAUAGUACCUCUCGCUCUCUCUCUCUCGUGUGGCGUCUGCGGUGGCGUGUGUUGACUCGGCCUGGAGGGGAAGUGUCCGUAGUGACUGGUGUGUCCGGAUUGCGGCUCGCCCUCCUGCUUGGCCGAUUUGAGGACGAAAAGAACAAAAAGAAAAAGCUGAAGCGGAAGAAGAAAAAAUCGUGCAGACGGGAAUAGGUUAGCACAGCGUCACCCGCGAGGUGGUGGUGUUAAGCGAGACGGCCCUAUCAACGGAGCGUUCGGCGCAGUCGACAAGGGUAGCAUUAUGCAUGCGUACGUGGAUAUGUUGGGGGGCACACGGGUUG